UGAAACGCCAAAGAACAUUGUUAUGGCGCUCAUUUGUCAUUAGUGCAGUUUUGCAACUUGGUGAGCCCCUCCCUCUUUCCGGGUUAUUUUUAAGAGCGCAGCGCUGUCCUCUCCUCUUCUCUUCUCACCGACACACAGACACUUAUCGCAGGCUGACAUCCAGAGCGUGUUGACCCACUUUAUGCUUCGGAUAACCAUGUGGCAAAUCGAAUCUCCGACUGCGAUUAAUGGAGAGUUGGUUCAAGUUGAUAUUCCUAACAGAUGUCGCACCACUUGUGCGUAAAAAGUGGAAAUGGCACGAUAAAUGUCCACUCUCCUGACAUCGGGUGUGACUUGAUGUAAAGGUUCGCCAGGCGUUCGGCGGACCGAUACCUGCGUAUGGAGCAAGGAUGAAUACACUAAGAAGAAAGAAAUUAAUCUCUUCCCUCCUAUCACUGCUGACUCUGUGUGUCCUGCUACUGGUCUGUGUGAGGUACAGCUACAUCCCUCAGUCCUUACCUCCCACGGCUGCUUUAGAUGACAUCCAGACAUUCCACAAGUACAAUAUUAACUGUAAGGCUAUAUACGACAUGGACCCAGUGGAGGUGGGGAAGUCCCUAAUCAUCAGACAGAAACAAGUUGUGGAAGACAAGGAUGAAAGUCUGCUUAACCUCACCUCAAACUGCCCAUUGUUCAUCAAGUCCAGAGGUUAUGAUGAUGUGUGUGUCUCAGAGGAGGAGAAAGACUUUCCUCUCGCUUACUCACUGGUUGUGCACAAAUCUGCAUGGAUGAUAGAGAGACUCAUCCGAACGCUGUACUCGCCCAGUAACAUCUACUGUAUCCACUAUGAUCAGAAGUCCUCGGCUCAGUUCAUCUCAGCCAUGGAGGGUUUGGCCCGCUGUUUGCCCAAUGUCUUCAUCGCCUCCAAGCGAGAGUCUGUCUUUUAUGCGAGCUUCAGUCGAUUAAAAGCUGAUCUCAACUGUCUGUCCGACCUUUUGGGGUCAGAAGUCAAGUGGAAGUAUGUCAUCAACCUCUGUGGCCAAGAUUUCCCCCUCAGGUCCAACAUCGAGCUGGUGUCGGAAUUUAAGAAGUUAAAAGGAGCCAACAUGCUGGAGACAAGCCGACCCAGUGAGUACAAAAAGAAGAGGUUCACCUUUCACCACGAGCUGAGGGAUGUCAGCUUUGAAUAUAAGAAACUGCCGGUGAAAACAGAGCAGAUAAAGCUCCCACCGCCACACAGUAUCGAGGUGUUCUCUGGGAAUGCCUACUUUAUCUUGUCCCGGGACUUUGUUGUGCACAUGGACUCCUCAGUUGUGGUGAAAGAUUUUUUGGCCUGGUCAGAGGACACCUACUCUCCAGACGAACACUUCUGGGCAACACUUGUGCGACUGCCAGGUGUACCUGGAGAGGUGCCCAGAUCGCAUCCCGAUGUCACCGACCUGAUGAGUCAGACCCGGCUGGUGAAGUGGGAGUACUUGGAGGAGAACCUUUACCCACCCUGCUCAGGGGUACACGUCCGCAGCGUUUGUAUUUUUGGUGCUGCGGAAAUGCGUUGGUUGCUCAACUACGGCCACUGGUUCGCCAAUAAGUUCGACCCCAAAGUGGACCCCAUUCUCAUUCAGUGCCUUGAGGAGAAGCUGGAGGAAAAACAAAAGUUAUUCCAAACAGCGGCAUCCCAUAACUGUCAUAAGGGUUAACCAAAAGCUAUAGUACAGUGUAAUGAUUAGACUAUGAAAACAGAAUACUAAUCUGCAACAAUUCUGACGAUCGACUACACGCAUUCUUGUCUUUUCAUAGUCAUAGUUAAUAUUUAAUAAUAAGCUAUUCCACUGUUCAAUCCCUG